AGAGGAUACGACACUUACCGGAAAGGACAAUACCCCUAGUACUCAAUGAUAGGGACCGGCAUCCUCUAAUAUAACUACGGUAAUGCGAACAACGAUAAGGCUAGGGCUACCUUCGACUCGAUUAACCCUACCCGGUUCCCUAUACUUGCAAUUCAGGAACCGAUGGUCGCCGAAACCAAACCAACAGUCACCUAUACACCAAAGAAUUUUCGCCCAAGCCGACCUAUAUACUACGGUAUACGGGUCGUCUUCUUUAUCCACGAUAAGAUCCUUCUUACAGCUUGGGAAUCAAAGCGAGCCUCCGACCACAUCGAAUGGAUCCGCGUUAUAACGCGUGACGGACCCCUCAACCUCGUUAACGUAUAUAAUCCACCAGGGCACGUAGGCCAGCCACAGCUUAAGAAGUGGCCGGAGAUCGCAGAAAUUCUCUGCGAAAUUGGCCAAGAGAACGUUAUCCUCCUAGGGGACUUUAACUACCAUCACCCAGCCUGGGGUAGAACCGGAACCCUAAAGGAGCUAAAGGUAGACUACCUACUCCUCUAAACCGAGCAAGCUAACCUCUAGCUCCUUAACGAGUAAGGGGUAAUAAUAUAGAAGCGGAACUAAAGCUAGUCGGUCAUUAACCUAGCCUUUGCCUCGCCGGAGAUCGCCUUACGGAUCCUCCUCUACUACCUACGGCCGGAGUAGUCUACUAUAAAGGACUACUUUCUAAUCGAGAUCUAAACUAGAUGC